CAUUCUUCCUCCAUACUCGGGGUCCUUGGGCCUCUCCAUUCUUCCUCCAUACUCGGGGUCCUUGUGCCUCUCCAUUCUUCCUCCAUACUCAGGGUCCUUGUGCCUCUCCAUUCUUCCUCCAUACUCGGGGUCCUUGGGCAUCUCCAUUCUUCCUCCAUACUCGGGGUCCUUGGGCCUCUCCAUUCUUCCUCCAUACUCGGGGUCCUUGGGCCUCUCCAUUCUUCCUCCAUACUCGGGGUCCUUGUGCCUCUCCAUUCUUCCUCCAUACUCGGGGUCCUUGGGCCUCUCCAUUCUUCCUCCAUACUCGGGGUCCUUGGGCCUCUCUAUUCUUCCUCCAUACUCGGGGUCCUUGUGCCUCUCCAUUCUUCCUCCAUACUCUGGGUCCUUGGGCCUCUCCAU